AUGGACCCGGCCAUUUCUUCAGAUGGCUUCUGCACGGGCCGCUGGGGCCUUUCGGCAAACUCAGGCACGUGGGAAAGGACGGCCGGCCCGGUGCCGCCUGUGCCGCCGCUUUCCCUCACCCUGCCCCGAGCGCCUCACCUGCACCGCAGACGCUUUGGGUAUGAAACACAGAUCCUCUUCCCAGCAAAACGAUUUGGGCUUCCAUUCACCUUCUGUGUUUCUGUUCAAAAUGUUUUUUUAAAGGAAAAUGCCGCCAUUUGUGAUGAAAUUGCUCGUCUUGAGGAAAAAUUUCUUAAAGCAAAAGAAGAAAGAAGGUACCUGCUGAAGAAGCUCCUCCAGCUGCAGGCUCUCACUGAAGGGGAGGCCCAGGCUGCAGCUCCUCCACACAGCUCCACUCUGCCCCUGGUUUAUGGUGUGGCCAGCUCUGUGGGAACUGUCCAGGGAGUGCUGCCCAUUUCCGGGCCCAGCACAGGGUCUGAGGAACCAUUUGGGAAGAAAUCCAAGAAGGAGAAAAAAGAAAAAGGCAAAGAGAACAACAAACUGGAAGUUCCGAAGAAAACAUCCAAGAAAAAGAAAAUGGUGGGAGGUGCUCACAAGCUGGUUCAGCCCAUUGCCCUGGAUCCCUCAGGACGGCCGUUCCCCAUCAGACUAGGGGGCCUAACAGUGCAUAGCCUGGGGGAGAUCACCACCGACCGGCCUGGCUUCCAUGACGAAGGUGCCUUCUACCCUGUGGGCUACUGCAGUACCCGGGUGUACGCCAGCACACAGCUGGGCCGCAGGUGCCUGUGUGCCUGCCAGAUCGAGGACAGCAGUGCACAGCCCCACUUUGAAAUCGUUCCCGAAGGUGACCCCAGGCGCCUUGUCAGUGCUUCUGCAGAUGCUUGUCACGCAGAGCUGCUCAGAGAUGAGGGAACUAAGGCCUAUCCUGCUUCCAUCUGGAGCCAACUUCGGGUUUUCUCACCCAGCCAUCCACAGCCUGUGGUCCAGGAGCUCGAAAAUGUGCCAAUAUGUGCAAUCUUAGAGAAACCUAGCUACCCCCAGGACCUGGAGGAGGAUCCAGCUACAAGCUUUGAAGUCUUUCAGAGACAGACCUUUGCUGAAGAGCACAGUGAUCUCAUUGUGCCAGGGCCCUUGAAUCUGGAGCUCCCGCUGACAGCCUUCGUGUCCCCAGCCCAUGUUCCUGCCCUGUGGGCCCUUGGAGGCCCCGCCUCAGCACAGCCCAGCAAGAAAUCAGAUACAUCGUUUUCGAGAGCAUGAGUGUGUAACUUAUACUAAAACUGAGAAUGUGUGGAAGGCGGCAACAAUUGAGGGAUAAAGACACUGAGUUAGCACAUUCCCUCGUGGGUGGAGGGUGUACUGUGGGAGAAGCAUCCGCUCUUCAUUUUUAGUAAUAAAUUUUUCUUGACAGUUAUGCUUAUUAUUAUCUUGUUAUAGUCAGGCUGUAAUUUCUCUCUCUUUGCUGAAUUGUGCUUGAGGAAGAGUAAACUCCAGUCCUUAGGAGUGGGCGAGUGCUUCUGUCUCGUCUGAGCUGCUGAAGUGAAAUGCCAGGGGCUGGAGAGUUCACAGACAGCAGAAGGAAGUACUGUCAUGGCUCUGGAGACUGGAAGUCCCAAGCAUCAGCACUGACAGACUCAGUGUUGGGUGAGGCCUAGCCUCUUGGUUCCUGGGAGGGCCACCUUGCUAUAGUGUUCCAUGGUGGCAGGGCUAGUCCCCUGCCUUGUGGGGCCCCUUUUGUUACACUGAUCCCACUCUAAAGGCCAGGUCCUCUGACCUACCCUGCCUUCUGAAAUACCAUCCCGUUAGGUUAGGACUUGGCGGGUGUGCAGGGUCAUGGAGUCUGUGGCCUGACUGAUGCAGAAGGGGUGUGGGAAGACCCUGACAACCUUCCACUCUUGACUCUGAUACUGUGGGGUCAUCAGGAAAACCAUUACCUGUUUUUCUAUGCAAAAAUGCAUCAUGGCUUCCCAGCGACCCCAUGCAUCCCAGGCUGCUGCUUAUUUCCACAUGCAUGUUACCAAAACCCAGUCCUGCCCUGAGACUUGAGCCAGAAGGCCCAGGCGCACCACGGGCUCUACCUUCACAUGCUGCCCAUCCCUCCAGGGGUCGCGUGGUCCUCUGUGGCCCUCUUCAUAGCCCAUGUUCUUAGCCAGAAAUGCACUUCUGGCUCAACAUGUUGAAACCAUGUAACCCAAAUUGAGAAGUGAUGUUAGCGAGGUUAGCACCAUCAUCUGUAACAGACCUACAUCUGUCAUUAACUGAGUGAUAGCCUGAGCCCACAUCCUGUACAACUGAGUUUUUUGGAGCCUGCCUCUGUACUGAGAGGGAGGUGUAUAGCACCCCCAGUCCAAGUGCGCAUGACUCCAUGCCAGGUGGGAAGCCUCAGCUGCCAGCAACCAGGGCCCAGCCUGGCUGGGACGGAAGAGAGACAGGGACCAGAAGGAGCAGUGAGAACCAGGUUGUUAUCUGGGGCAGUUGGCACUGCCGACAGCAAGGUGCAGGGUUAGCAUGUCCUGGGAGUAAACUGACAGCAGGAAGAGAUGGCAGCUGGAGUGGUGAGAGCACUGGCUGCUAGAAACCAUUGGAACCAAAGUUAAUGCAUUAUUUAUGAUUCUUAAUUAGUCUAGAAACUUGUAUAGCCUUCACAAUGCAAAGAAAACAGUAAAAUGUGGAUAAUAAAUUAGUAAACGCA